AUAUUUAAUGACACGCACACAGAAACACAAACACAAACACAAAGACAAAGAAAGCGAAGAGAGUUGGAAUCCGAAACAGAAAGUGAGGAGAAUCCUAACAAACAACGGCGUUGUUUCUCCAUCUCUCAAACCAUGACCUCUUUUUUGUUUCUUCUUCAAUUUCUCUAACAUUAGUUAGAUUUUAGAAACCCAUCAAUUUUUUGUUUUUCUUUCAUUCUUUCGAUUUGGUAGAGGAAGAAAACGAUAUGGGACUGAUAGUGGAAGAGGAAGAGAGCGACGUCGACGUGGUAUUGCUGCCUCCGUCGAAUUUCUCAAUGGUGGAGGACGCCAUUUUCAGAUCGGGCUUUCCUCAACCUCACAAUUUUCCUUUCCUUGAUACCCUUAAUCUUCGAUCCAUCAUAUAUUUGUGUCCAGAGCCUUACCCAGAAGAGAACUUGGAGUUUCUUCAGUCUCGGAAUAUUCGGCUCUUUCAGUUUGGAAUUGAGGGCAAGACGGAGACUUGUGUAUCUAUUCCCAAGGAUACUAUCAUGGAGGCUCUGAAAGUCUUAAUUGAUGUGAGAAAUCAUCCAGUUUUGAUCCAUUGUAAGCGUGGAAAGCAUCGGACAGGUUGUCUUGUUGGUUGCCUGAGAAAAUUUCAGAAUUGGUGUUUGUCAUCUGUGUUUGAGGAGUAUCAACAUUUUGCUGGCGUGAAAUCUAGGAUAACAGAUUUGAGGUUUAUAGAAACAUUUGAGGUAAUGUGCCUGCGGCAGUGUCUUUACAGCAUUAUAUACCAGUAUCAAGGAUAUGGUUCAAACAAGAGGCGGUUGCUGUAUAAAGAAGAUAAAUUACAAAAGCCCCAAGUCACAUCAGUUUAGCAGGGCUUGGAUGACCCUUUUUUUGUUGGGUUUUGCUGAGGUGCUUUUAGUCACACACCCCUUUGUUGCCUAUACUUAUCUUUUUAUUCAUCAUUACAUGUAUGAGCUUUAAAAUUAAGGCGCGCUCUUAUCUCAAAGUAUUCACUGGACACUCCUAUUUUGAUCAAAUAUAUUUUGGUUCAUAUUU